AGCAAUGCUGGUCUCAGCCCUUUGGGAGAUGCGGGGCGGUGCUUCAGACAUGUCCUUCCGAAGUGCCUCCUCGUCGCCCUCCCCGCGCGGUCACAUAGCUCAGCCCCGCGAACAUCCCCGCGAGGAGGACUCGACCCGGAGGAAGCUUUUUGCCAACCAGGAGCCGGGCCCCACGGUGCAGUGGCGGCGCAGCAGCGCCUCAGGCGAGGGAGACGAGACCGGCGCCUCCGCGGUGCCGGUGCUCGUGCAAGAGCUGGUCCGGCUCCGCAUGCAGUUGGACGAGGAGCGGAGCAUCUCCCAGGGCCUGGUGGCGGAGCGCGCGAAUUUGCGCUCCCAGGUGUGCAAGGCGCAGAACGAGCUCGAGGCCUUCCGCGAGAACCACAAGCAUGUCUUGCUCGGCAUGGAACAGCUGGCGAUCCAGCUGGGCAAAGCCAAGGAGCGCGAGGUGCAGGCCGCGCGCAUGGAGGCGUCCCUCCAGACCGUGCAGGCCAUGUCCGAGUCCGGGGCAUAUCCCGGGCGGCAGGAUGCGGCUCUUGCGGCCUUGCGCGCGGGGUUGUCCUCUGCGCUGGAAAAGCCCAGCGGAACGGAGGCUUCGCCGUGGCCGCCAGGCCGGAGCUCCAAGGCCCAUCGCAGCGCGGCCAUUGCCAAGCCUCAGUGGGAUGGUUGUUACCUCUCCUCGCCGGCGAGGGAAGGGGGUGCUCCAGCCGACUCCGGCGGCCACCGGUCCUCCUCACCUCGGCGAUCCGGCGAAGAUGGUGCGCUCUCCCCAAGCGCAGACCAUCUGCCGCCGCCUCCUAGCAGCAAGUGCUGGGAGUGGCCCUUGUCCAAGCCGGAGAAGCAGGAGCGAGUGGCCAUGAUCGACGCCCAACUGUGGCGAUACGAGCAGACUGGGCUCAUCGAGCAGGUCGAGAUGCUUCACGACCUGUGCGCGCAGCACGGGAUCGUGCCGGUGGCCGAUGUGUCCAUGGAUAUGGACGAGGGCAGCACCGCGAGCUCGGAGUCGGUCUGAGGAGAGCUGGACCUUGCCGACAGAAACUGAGCUCAUCGAAUAUGGCCGUGGCCUAUAUCGCAACAGGUAGGGGGUGGCCAAAUCGAACGAGCA